CUCGACUAUUUAGUGAGCUUUGUUUACAAAUUUUACGGUUCCCCAACGCUCUGUAUGCAUUAUAUAUGUUGGUGGUGAUUCAGCAAAUUUACCACCAGUCAAUACAAUACAGCUGCAAUACAGCGAAGUGUCACCGUCCGUCUGCAAAUUCCAAAUAUAACAAGACAGAAUUAAACAUGUCGGUUUCCGAGGAACGCAUACCUAUGGCCGAAAUUAUGACUAUUGAUACUGGAAAUAUAAUUAAUUGGGCAAAUAUGAAAAGGAAAGUACCAUCUUCGUCAACAGAUGAGAUUCGAGUGAGUCUUGACACAACUUUAAAUGCUUGCCAAAGGGAAGCAGACCUUGACAGGCUGCGUGACCUUCGGUUAGUAGAAUGUUGUCAUCCACAAACAAUUCCAGUACAUGAAACGAGAGAAGAACAAAAGAUUACAGUGAAGGCAUUUGUCUUUAACUUGGACUUGCAGGUCUUCACUGAAGCAAUUGAAAAAUCCCUCAAACAACUGUCAGUCACCAUGAUUGACACAGUACUGCUGACGAUGCCGGAUGAACCCGACAAUGAGACAUUGACAGUGGAACACAUCAAACCCUUUUGGGAGAUUCUGGAAGGGUAUGUGUCCCAGGGGACCAUUGGCAGCCUUGGGGUUUGUGACAUGGAUCUGCCGGUGUUUGUAGAGCUAUUUGAUUGGGCCAAGGUUAAGCCUAUAAUCAAUCAGUUGAAUUUAGCAACAUGCUGUGUAAUUCCACCAGAAAUGAAAGAGUUUGCCAAACACAAUAAUGUACAACUCCUCACACAUGCAGACCCAAGAAAUGUCCUACCAUCAGAAGUUUUCCAGGGAAUUGUUGCAGACCAUUUCAGUAGUCUUGAUGCUACAAGCCCACCAUAGUACCCCUCGUGGGUUGUACGCUACACCUCAGUUGUGAAGAACCGAGCCAUUGUCCGCUGUAAGGGCUAUAUUGUACGGGCUCAGCGAAACUUAACCAUAAUUGAUGGUUGACAGCGUAUGAGGACACCAAGUGAGUAAUGGUGACAGCUUGAACACCAUAAAGUCACCAUAAUGACCAUACAGGAUUGGUUGAUAUUCACAAAGUUUCUAAGAAUUAUAGAUUUUUUUCCCCCAGACUAUGAAAUGAUAGGCUUACGAUUGCUGGUGCAGCAUCUCCAAACUAUCACCCACCUCCCCCCCCCUAACCAUUGUGAAAGGUUGAAUAAUGCUGUCCCCUAAUAAUGUGUGUCGAAUAUUGUAGUAGAAACAACAAUUGGCAAGAAUUUUAGUGUGUGUGAUAAUGCGCAAAUUGGUUUUGACUUAAUACUGAGUCUGUAGUAAUGAUGGAUCCUCGUAAACCUAUUAAAGUUGUUACGCUGAUUGUUUGGUCGAAUCAGGGAGCUUUUUAUCGUGGAGAGCGAUUGUAGUGAAGAUACUCAAGCGACUUUUUAGCAACCAGGCCUAAAAUUAUACUAAUGUGAUCACACAGGUAUGGAAAUUAGUGCCUGAUGUGAUCAUAUGAGUAUGGGAAAAUAAUGCCUUAGUACAUUACAUACAGUAUAUGCUGAUGUGUUCCCAUGGGGUAUAUGAUAAAACAUUACCUUUAGUACAAGUGUUGUACAUUAUUCUUACAGGUAUAUAUCUCUAAUAAUAUGCGCAUAUGAGUAUAGGAAUAAAUAUACCGAUAUAAACUAUAUGCUAGACAUUAGAAUAAUUAUACCAUAGAGUACACUUAAUAUUAUACCUGACUUGUUCACAUGGGUAUGGGAGUAUUAGUUAGGUAUUUAAGAAUCCUCAUUUGUGUUUGCAUAUUAAGUCAGUACGUAUAUUUGUCAGUAUAUUAUUAUGCCUACAGUGUACAAAAAACUUUUUGUUUUCAUAUACUUUUAUUAUUGUUGUUUUAUGUAAUUUGAAAAAUGAAAAGUAACCUGUUUGUCUAUUGGUAAGAGAAUGAAUGUAACCAUGGCAAGUAACAUAGUUGCCUAUGCAUAGACUUAGACUUAACACUGGUUUUUAAGAAGGGAUAUAGUUAAUUGGUUGACUGUUACAGGUCUCUAAUUUAACACCCUUGUCAAUUAUGGGCUCUUCUUUUUCUCCAGAUUAACAACCGUCUGUUUUCUUUAUUAUUAUAGAGACCAAAAGGGGGUGUGUGGACCUAAGUUUGCCCUAGUAUACUGUAGUUAUAUACCAGUUUCAUAUAAGUGUCCUAUUAUUGCAAUUUUCAGCUCUUGUAUACAAUACUUCAUAAUAUAUAUAUAUAUUUUUAGAAAAUUUGAGAACAAUAAAAAUUAUGAUAUUUUUUAGACAAAUUGUGUAUGAAAAAGCACUGGCAUGUCUUGAAACUUUUGGCCAGAAUUGACCUUUCGCCUCUUAUGAUUAACUAGCAUCUUUAAUUUGUUUCUCCUUCAUAGACGUAGAUCCAGGAAUUUUUUUUUGCAGGGGUGGGAGUGUUUGGGAUGCCAUUGGCAAUCGAGGAUGUAGAUGAAGAGUUUGGGGUACUCCCUUACAUAUUGUGGGCAUAUCACACUGGAAGCUUGUAGGAGUUUUAACCAUUUAAAUCUCUUAUCUAUAAAUGAUUUUUACACUACUGAAAGAAAAGGGUCUGGGGGGGGGGGUACAAUUUACACUGCCCUUGCAUCCACCACCACAUUCCUACCAUCUUCUGUCUCUCACAAGUAUUGAAUUGAGUUUGUUUAAAUCUUUUUACAAUUUGCUAACAUUCCCUUCCAUCUUUUAAAAUAAAUGUUAAUAACUGUAAUUUAAAUAUUACACGGUUUUUAGUACAUUCUAGUCAUAACCCAACAUGAAUAUCUCCAUACGGUAUUCAAUAUGGAUGCAUCUGAUAAAAGACAUGAAAUAAAAAAUUAAAGUGAGAAUUAUGUGUAUAAUAUGAGGGUAGGAAUUUUAGUUAUUCUUAAAUUAUGUGUGUGAAUAAACAGACCCUAUGAGACAAUAACUGGAUGUUGGAUAAACAUUGUUCAAUUCACAAAUUAAUGCUGUUUAUAUAGUGAAGUAGCCGUAGUUAAACUGGUAUAUCAUAUAUAUAUAUAUAUAUAUAUAUAUAUAUAGUGUUCAAAUAAAGGACAUGAUUUUAUAUACAAUAUAUAUAUAUAUUAAUAAAGAUUUAGAAGAAUAAGAAUAUUACCAAUACCAGUGAAUUUGGCAAACUAAAUGGUGAAUCAUGUUAAUAAUCUGAAUAUCUAGGUAUUUUGGGGGCCUUUUUAGAUAUAUUUUUGAUUUUUAAACCAGGUAUGUCCCAAGCUUUAGAGUAUUGGCUCGUAGCCAAAUUACACUGCUACUGGGCCUCAAUCACUGCACGAUACAAGCCAAAUUUUUUUUUCAAAGAGAUCCAUAAUUUAUAUAUCCUUAAAUGAAUAAUUAUAAAUAUACACUGAAUAAAUAUGACGAUGAGGUUUGUUAA